AUCGACACCAUCACCCCCGAGAUCCGCGCGCUCUACAACGUGCUGGCCAAAGUAAAGCGGGAGCGGGACGAGUACAAGCGGAGGUAGGGCCCGGGGAGUGGAGGCCGGGGCGUAGCAACUCGCCACACACAGCGGGCUGGAGGGGUGCGGCCUAGGUCAGGGUGGACAGAACAUGAGUAACGUCCCCGCGGUGUGACGAGGGAACUGUCAGGGACUGGACGCGGGAGCGCAGGGUCCGCGGGAGAAUGCAGAAGUCGGGCUCCUAGGAGCAGUACACUGGGGAAUUCAGUUUUUUCAGGCGACUGCUGUGUUAACGUGUGUGUGUGUGUGUGUGUGUGUGUGUGUGUGUAUGUGUGUAGUGAAAGGGACGUGCACCUGGGGUAUUGAUUGCCCUACCAGUCUCAGUUCUUGGGGCGAUUUUAGGAUAUAAGCUCUAUACAACGAUCUAAAGUAGGAGGCAAAGGCUAUAGCUAUAUUUUGGAAAACUAAGCGAAAUCAAACUGGAAGUAGUGUUGGGUAGUCCUGUCCCUACCCAGGCUUUCCCCAGGCCUUGCUCAGAAAAGCCCCGUAUGUGCUCUUGCUCCCUGUGAAAGGUUCUGGGACCUCGAGACAUUGGAGUGAGUGACAAAAAGGAGAAAAGACAGUGAAGGGAAUUCACUGGGGCAAAGGGAAGGGGCUGUUCUAGGGCUAGCAGGAGACUCUGGCCAGCAAAACGGAGCACAGCCACCAUAGAGGGCCUGAGGAGGCAAAAGUUAGGAGCAUGGACACACCAGGUGACUGGGGGACAGCUCAGGGCAGGCCCUGUGCGCUCAGAGGAUGACACGCUGAGAAGAACCCUGCACUAAGGGGUGAGAGGAAGAGAUGUGGCACCAGAGUACCAGCUGUUUACCAGGCGGGGUCCCUAGGUGCUUGGUAGCCAGGCCAGUACACAGGAGUUCAGCAGAGCCAGCGGUCUGCAGGCUGAUCAGGGCCACUGUGGAGGGCAAGAGAUGACAGUGGGUAGGGGGCCUGAGUGAAGGGGCUCAUCUUGGUGCUGUCACCCCUGGCAGGCACCCUGGAUCUACCUUUGCAGCUCACAGCAGCAGGGAUUGGCAUCCGGUUUAGCAGUGGACAAAGACUGUGUUCUGAGAAGCUGCUGCUGGGUCCAGGGGCGACCUUGAAGCAUCUGUAAUUGCUGAGUUCCCAGAGCACAGAGCAGCCAGCCUCCUGAGGUGGAGGCCUGUCCUCCUGCUGGCUUCCUGAGGGAGGAACCAUGUCAGUUGUCCUUGGGGUUUUCACUUGUCCUGAAGCCAUCAUGCAGGUGCUGCCCGGGGCCAGCCUGCCUGCUUCUGCAGGAGUUUGCAGUCAGUGGAACGCAGGCGGUUCUGGAAUAUAUCCAUGGCCACAAAACAGCUGCUUCCUUUUAUUUUUUUAAGUGAGUGUUUGUCCUUGGUCCAGCUGUCCGGGGCUGCAGACUCCUCCUUGGGGACUGAUUAGCUCAUCACUCUGCAGCGCCCUGCUGUCUGUGCAGAGGGCCCUGGGCUGGAGCCGGAGGGUGCAUGACAUGGGCUGCGCUCAUUUUUCCACCCCAGAUCCCUUGCCCUCCUUCUGGGCUCUUUAUAGCAACACUGCACCUCUUGUUGCUGGCCCGGAAGUACUGGGGAAAGCUUGAUGCUAAAGUGGGAAGGAGCUGAGGCCUUCUGGGUUCUAUUUUCAGGUCCCCUGCUUUGUGUGACAUUUUUCUCUCUUCACCUCGAGGAUAUACAGUAGUUUAUUUGAAAGGUGGGUGUUUGGUAAAUCCAGUGUUUACAGCCGUUGCUCAAAUUCUACCUAUGUUAAGGAUACCUGAUGCAAGAGAUGAGCCCCGAGUGGAAGUCAGGUGUGAAAGUCUGGCUGGAGAGUAAAGCGAAUCCUAGUGAGCUUCCUGCAGAUUCAUUUUCCGAAUUGUUUGCGCUGUGUGUGCUCACUGUGUCUUUAGCUUAACUUCCUUACUUAGGUUUCCACCGAAUCUGUAGUUUGCUGUCAGCGAUACUUCCUGAGCCCUGGGAUACAUUUUGUGCUGGGUCAUUGGCCCCUUGUCAGUCUUGCUUGCUUCCAUUAGGCACACAGGGGCCCCAGGCGCAGGAGGGUACUGUGCCCCAAGCCUUCAUGUUGAAGCAGGAGAAGCAAAGGCCCAGAAGAGAUGAGGGCUGAUGCUACUGAGGCUCACCCCGUGCUGGAGGAAAAGGAGAGGGGUGCCUGGGGCUGGCAGGAAGGCAGGGCCCCACCUGCUGAGGGACCAGCCUGAGCAGGCGGGGCCUGCUGCGAGGCGGGAGCUAUUCUUAGGAGUUCUGCAGUGCGGCUGUGAGCUGUGAGGCUUGGCAACUGAGAGCGCAGAACAGUGGCAGGAAGGGGCAGAAAGGGCCCAGCCUCAGCUGCAGAGGCUCUUCCCUGGGAUGUCUGUGUCCUGGCUGCUCUGUGCCGCUUCCUCACCUGCUGUCUCCCAUGGAGGCUCCUCUUACCCCCACCCCCUCUCAGUGCAGUUCCCCUCCUUUCCUUUCCAUAAUGUGGGGAGCAGGGUGAGCCCAGCCCACCGUAGGUCCUGACCUGCCCCAGCCCCCAAGGUGUGCAGGAGUGUCUCCUGUCUCCUGUCCCCUGUCUCUGGCUUCUGAAAGGUUGGGGAGCUGCCUACCUAGCUCUCAUCCCAUAGCAAUAGCCAGGUGCUCCCCAUGCUCCUUCUGGUCUGGGUGCUGAGUAAUCCCUGGCUCCUGGUGGCCAUCGCCUUCGUGCUGCUGGGGGACAGCCGGCCCUGACACCACUCCAAGGCUCACUUCCAGGGCCCUGGGUAGGACUGAGCGUUUCCCCCAGGCUCCUGAACAGCCCUGGUGACCCAGCCUGUGUCCUGCAGAUGCUUUUGCAGGGUUAAAUGUACCCCAGGAGGCAGGGCAGCGGGCUAGACGAGCUCUGUUCUGUGCGGGCAGGAGGCGGGAGACCGGAUCUGUGCCGCUGAAGGUGGGAGGAGGAGUACACGGUGCGGAUCCAGCUGCAGGAGCGCGUGAACGAGCUCCAGGAGGAAGCCCAAGAGGCCGACGCCUGCCAAGAGGAGCUGGCCAUGAAGGUGGAGCAGCUGAAAGCCGAGCUGGUGGUCUUCAAGGGGCUCAUGAGCAAUAACCUGUCAGAGCUGGACACCAAGAUCCAGGAGAAGGCCAUGAAGGUGGACAUGGACAUCUGCCGCCGCAUUGACAUCACUGCCAAGCUGUGUGACCUGGCCCAGCAGCGCAACUGCGAGGACGUUAUCCAGAUGUUCCAGAAGAAGCUGGUCCCAUCCAUGGGGGGGCGGAAGCGGGAGCGCAAGGCCGCCGCAGAGGAGGACACCUCGGUGUCAGUGUCGGUGUCGGUGUCGGAGAGCUCCGGGCCUGGGCCCCGCCAGCCAGAUGGGGAGGAGGAGGAGGAGGAGAGCGCGGCCCUGAGCAUCAACGAGGAGAUGCAGCGCAUGCUGAACCAGCUGAGGGAGUAUGAUUUUGAGGAUGACUGUGACAGCCUGACUUGGGAGGAGACUGAGGAGACCCUGCUGCUGUGGGAGGAUUUCUCAGGCUACGCCAUGGCAGCGGCAGAGGCCCAGGGAGAGCAGCAGGAAGACAGCCUGGAGAAGGUGAUCAAAGACACCGAGUCCCUGUUCAAAACCCGGGAGAAGGAGUAUCAGGAAACCAUAGACCAGAUAGAGCUGGAGCUGGCCACGGCCAAGAACGACAUGAACCGGCACCUGCACGAGUACAUGGAAAUGUGCAGCAUGAAGCGGGGCCUGGAUGUGCAGAUGGAGACCUGCCGCCGGCUCAUCACGCAGUCGGGGGACCGAAAGUCUCCUGCUUUCACUGCAGUCCCGCCUAGCGAACUGCCGCCAAGCGAGACUGAUGACGGCGAUCGAGAUGUGGCACCUGACAACUCCAUGAGAUAGGGCCCAGCCCAGCCACCUGCGAGGCUGGGGGCUGAGUGGACAUUGACAGUCACUUGUACCAGAGGCAGGCCUGGCCCUGAGGCUUCUCCCUUCCCAGUGUGAGGUGUCUGGAGCUAGGCUCACCCCACCCUUUCUGGGCCCCUUGUGGGUAUCUUCUACUUCCCCAUCUUUAAAGCAGCCCUUGCCAUCCCCAGCCCCCUCCUGAGGACUGUGCCCGGGUCCUGCCCUCCAUCUGGGUCUAGAAAUGGCUCUCUGGUUUUGUUCUGGCGCUGUAGCCCAGGAACUGGGAUGAUACCACCAGCCUGAGGCUCCUUGCUGCCCCCCCCACCUUCCCUGGGAGCAGAAGACAGGUGACCCUGUGCACUGGAUGUUCCAGGUCUCUUGCUGGAACCCACAGCUGUGAUGUCUGGGUGUGGACCAGCUUGGAACACCUGUGUGAGGCGUGGGGACUCAGGUUUGGGUGGUCUUUAAUAGAACUGCUGUAGC